UCAAAGUAAGCCCAAUAAAAAACAAUUAGAAACUUCUUGUAUACCAAAAAGGCCACUAACAUGAUAAGCUUAAUUAUCCCUAACUUUACUUACCGGUUUUGUCCACCUUUCUCCGCUUGAACUGGUCAAAAACAUGAGUUGCAAAGUUAAAUUGUGGAAUUCGCUUUCUGCUGCCCGCCAUAUUGGAAUUUAUUUUGAAAAYGAGGCUGGUAAAAAGUAAACCGCUGACACAGAACAUGCAAAAGUCAUCAAAAGAAUCGAAACGAGGAACAAACUUCGUGUGAAAAACUUAACUUUUAUUCCAUUUAUGUGUAUAUAUAUAAAAACACAUAGACACAAAGGUAAUUAAUAUAAAUAAAAAUUUACAACCAAAUUAAUUUAUUAGACACAAUAACCGGCGGUAAGAGGUAAAAUAGGCGGCGGUAUACCGCCAGUAGCCGYCUAUUAUUGAAAGCUCUGUGCUUGUUUGGCAACCUCAUUUCUUCUGUAAGGAAAUGUUAGAUGYUGUUAUUAAAUAACAUUCAUAUUCUAACACUCAAUGGCAGGACAAAAGAAACCUUGAAAAAUGACCAUAAAUUAGAGAGUGAACGUGCUAUAGUGCAAAAACGAAUAUGAUGAACUGUUUUUUUUUUUCAAUAUCGGGUUGCAAUAUGCAUCUUCUAAGAAUAAUAAUACUAAUAAGAAAAGUGAACUUACUUAGCUUUGUAAAGCCUCUGGUCUAGAUCUGUCAUCGACUUUAUCUGGGCUAUAGUUGGCUUCUUUCGGGUCAAUUUGAAGGUUCUUCUAGUGGUAAGACGAAGUCUCUUAAAGGACACUGCCCAGUCUUACUCUUACACAGGAAAUCCACACAGGAAAUUUUGUUUAUUUCUAAUAAAUAAAAACUAGCUCUUUAUGGGUGAAAAGAGUAAUAUWUAUUUGUUUGUUUUAAUAAUAAGCUCCRUGAAUUGUGGUGUUGAUAAUUCAAUGAUUUUGUUCUUUUUUUACCCUCUCUAACCUCCUCUUUCCUCUAACCAAAUGUCAUCAUCAAAAAGACUGGGUACUAGUGUUUUCGUAGUGCUUUGAAAGCAGGUUUAUUUUCGGCACCAAAAAAAAAAAGGUGCAGAUAAACGCAAAAAAAYGGUUGAUAUGAUACCGUCAUUUACGCAGCUUUGCUUUCGUUGGUUUUCAAGUCUUCAACUGGUCUCGUCAACUAGCAAAACAGCUGGCCUUUAAAAGUUAAAAAGAAAUUGGGAUAGCAGCCAGAUUAUACGAUGUUCUUGUAGUGAGCUUUCAUACACCCAUGUCCAUUGUCCUUGUUCUGCAUGUAAAGGAAAAGCUGUGUCAUCUUCAGUAGAAUUUAGACACAGACAACGUAUAGACCUAAGACAGGAUUCAACUUCCCUGCCGGAGACGGAACACGAGGAUGUCGAGGAUGGGGCUAGCGAAACGUCAAGUUCAGAAGCAACUUCAGAGAGUGAUUGCAUUGUUGAAAAGGAAGAAAACCUUGCUUGUGAUGACAGUGGUCUGAACAUGCAAACAAAUACUUCGGAUGUCCAAAACUUAGAACAAGAUAUUGUAUUUGCGUUGUGUAAAGGUUUUAUGCUUGUCAACCAGAUGCAAGGAUCAAUCAAUGAUUUUGAUGACGUGCUAGUGUUUGCAAGGGACUUGUUUUGUAGAAUUGAUCCGAGUCUUUGUAAUUYAUGGCCAAAAAAUUGGAAGGAAACCGAGAAGCUGUUUAAAAAAUGGGACUAUAAGGAGCCAAAAAUGUACAUUAUCUGUCUUGAUGAUAGUCACCCAUGUCACUGGGAUGUGAUGGAAUCUGCAAGUAUCGGGUGCAGGCACUAAUAAAUUUGGAACAAUAAAGUAUUAUUACCUUGGUCUUCCAGACAAGAUUAGAACAUGGUACUCUGAUUCUACCAUGUGCAAAAAAAUGUUGGCUCAUUGGCUUAAUAAAGAUAACUGGAUCAGUGGAGUUGGAGCAAAUUUAGAGUGGAGUGAAGUUUGGGGUGGUACACGAUUUAGUGAGCUUGCAUGGUUUUGGGACCCAGACAAAGAGUGGAUGUUACCAUACAAAUGCAAAUAUUGUCUCAACGUAAUAAGUGUUGAAGAAAUUGUGGGCUUUCCAGAGAGAGAUGGGAUUUACACAAUACAGUGUGAAGAUUGUGGUGAAAAGAGCGAGUACCAACCUCAAUUUGCCAGAGGAGAACCACGCAAUAUUGGACUAAUAGGACAUUGGGACGGUUGGCAGCCAUUUGGUUCCCCAGGCAAGCAUAGUUGUGGGGCAAUUGAAGUUUCAAUAGCAAAUAUGAACAAGCAAGACAGAAGUGCAAUUGAGGAGGUGUAUGUGAUUGGAUUUGUUCCAAAUUACUUGUUACCAAAAAAGCGACCAUGUACCCUUGAUCCAUUUCUACAUCCACUCAUCUCAGACAUUGAAAGCAUUGUUAUAAAUGGUUAUCAUGUUGAUUAUGUUGGAGACUUUCCCGAGAUAAACAUAAGACCUGGAAACGUUGUUCGUGUUUUACUGCUAUUGUGGACAGGAGACUAUGUUGCACAAUGUGAAAUUGGCAAGUUUAUUAAAUGUGGGAUAAAAGCUUGCAGAAGGGAUAAACUCACAGGUAUUUUGUUAAAAAAAGUAAUACUUUUGCUCUUAUAGAACCUUUAAAGUGCUAGUCUUGCCAAAAUAACACGCAUCAAAAACAGGUUUUAUGUAUUCCAUAUCGUUGAAAUAACCGUAAAUGCUAACAAUUAACAAAGUUUGAUCCAUAAAAGCUCUGUUUCCAUUUGAGUUUUAAUGCUAAAAGACAGCAACAAUCCCGUCCGCCAUUAAUAUGAAUAAGCGAUUUUUUGAAUCAGCGGUUGCACRCUAUGACGUCAGAGGCGCACUUCGAGCAGAGACAACRAGAGAAAAUAUAUGGCGAGUGAUCUUGCUGAAUUCAACUCUGACUCUGACUGUUCAUCUUCUUUGACAUCCUUGCAUGGCUGGUUGUCGGAGGGGGAACUAGAAGRCCUAGAACCGAUAGCAACGGAAAAAGAAGUUGAGGACUACGAGAAAAAAGUCGCUCGUGAAGAAGAAGAAGAACGACAACAGAACGAACGCUUUUGUGGCGAGAAAGAUAUCAAAGAAUGGUACAUAUGCGGACAUUGCGAUCUUUUACACGUGGUAAAGCCUGACGAGUGUAGCUGUUGUGUGGAGUACGAGAAAUGUCGCAGUGAAUUGGAAUGCCUGGAUCAACCUCCAACGUGUAUUACCGCUCAUCCAGCUUUUGAAGACAUUUGUCUUAAAAAAUGGGUUCUUGAGGUGGCCGCCGUCGGUUUGAGAACAAGAAACAAAAGGCUUUAUACAAAGAUGCGYCAAGAAGGACGAAGGACAGAUUCAGAGUUUUAUCGUGCAGUUUCUUAUCGUCAAUAUAUGCGUUUUAUGUACGGCUACAUUGGUAACUAUAGACUUGCGCUCCCUUGUUGUGUUUACAACAAAAUACGAGGGAAAUUCCCUGACGAGAAUAAAAAAUACCGUGGGUUUGAGCUUGAACCAGAAGAAGAAGAUGAUGAGGAAGGAGAAAGUGAAGAUGUUUCAGGUGAUGAACAGUCCGGAUAGUAUUUUUUAUUACAUUUUAAAAAAUUCACAUGUAUAAUUAGCAUCUUUCUCUGACACUUGACAAAUGUAUAAUAUUUUUUCCACAAAAAGGCAUUGUAUACAAUAUCAUAAUAAUCAAGACCUAAUAUCAAUCGAUAAAACUGGUAAUCUCUUACUUUGAAAUCAAGUAAACUAGCUAUUUUUUUCUUACAAAUGUAGAGACCAUUAACUUUUUUUGGGUGGUUUUUCAUCGGUUUUUCACAGUUUUUACAGCAUGGAGCCUUUCUCUUCUCUUUGGGCAUUACUGGAGGAUUUAAUAAUUGCUCUAGUUCUUGAUCUGUAGAUGUAUGAAUAUGUUUGAAGACAAUAAAAUCAUGCAUGUAUAUUG